AUGUCCCUCCUCAAAGGCCAACGCUCCAUCCAGACCAUCAUCCUCCCCCUUCCCCCCUCUCUCCGCCCCGCCUACGGUAACCACAUCUACCGCUGGCUCUUCGCCAUCUCCGCCUCUUAUUCCGGAAUCGGUCACUCCUCAGUAUCCAUAACCUCCCCUUCCUCCAUCUGGGAGAUCUACGAAGUAGCCCCUCAACCCAUCGUCACCUCCCAUUCCAACUCCCGCUCCCUCACCCACACCCAACAGUGCAUAUUCAGCUUCCUGCCCUCCGCCGACUUGACGACUCAACAACUUCUCGACAUGCAAGGAACUUUUAUCCCGCUUUGUGUGGCGGACGAGAACUGGAGGGACGCGUUUCUCGAGAGGGUGGAUCAGUAUAUCACGUUCCCACCGGCGGAUAAGGGGUUUAAUGACCAGACUUUUGUGUUGGGGGUCGCGGAGGUGUUGAAGGUGGAGAAGUUCCUGGGCGAGGAGGAGUAUGAGGCUUGGGUGCAGGCGGUGGGGAGGUUUAGGGGGUAG